GGUGAGUGUACUUUUGGCACCAUGUAUAUUGUUAGACUAAGUGAAAAACAAGAUAAGAAUCAACUCGAGCAGAAGGAUGUAUCUGUUUUUAACUCUUUUAACUUUAAGUUUCGUAGGAAUUAAUGGAUUUGUGGACGAUGUAAACGCUGAUAGAAUUGGACUUAACCUGCUACAUAAAUGUUUGAUGAGUUAUCAAAACACAGGCAACAAUGAUUUCGCAACAUGCAUGGCACAAACAAGUAUGCCAGAUAUGGACCUUUGCGAAUUAACACUCAAUGGUUUCCAAUGCAAUCUUGACUUUAUUAUGAAGACAUGUCCCUCAAGUGCACUAGUAUACAAACAGUACAACUAUCACACUGUCAGAGCGUGUAAUUCAACGUUCGAUCUUCCAGGAAACAAUUACCCAAUUGUAUCUUCAAGCGAAAACAACAGAAUAUCUGUCUACGCAGUUGGUCUUGCUUUGAUGGUAUCUCUUGUGCACAUUGUUUUCCUGUAAGAAAUACUAGCGGUAACUUAUGAAGGCGUGACGUCACCGACUACAAUGUAACGUCAUUUAAAAUAAAAAUAUAUUUAUCUAAUAAUU